AUGGCUACUUUCCGUUUAGCCCUGGUACAAUUAGCUGUCUCUACAACGAAAGCUGACAAUCUUGUUAAAGUUGCUAAACUAGUAAAAGAGGCAGCGUCGAAAGGAGCACAGGUCAUUGCACUUCCAGAAUGCUUCAACUCACCAUAUGGAACGUCGUAUUUUCCAGAAUAUGCUGAAAAAAUCCCAGGCGAUUCGACACAAGUUUUAUCAAAAGCUGCUAAAGAUAAUGGGAUUUUCUUGAUAGGCGGAUCCAUACCAGAGAAGGAUGGUGACAAAUUGUACAACACUUGUACUGUUUACAAUCCAGAAGGCACAAUGAUAGCUAAACAUAGAAAGAUGCAUUUGUUUGAUAUUGACAUUCCGGGUAAAAUCAAGUUCCAAGAAUCCGAAACGCUUAGUCCUGGAAAUAAUUUUACAACAUUUGAAACACCAUAUUGUAAAAUUGGAGUGGGCAUUUGUUAUGAUAUCAGAUUUGCUGAAAUGGCACAAAUCUAUAGCAAAAGAGGAUGCAAGCUUAUUGUGUAUCCAGGAGCCUUCAAUAUGACAACAGGCCCUGCCCAUUGGGAGCUGCUGCAGAGAGGGCGUGCCCUUGACAAUCAACUGUAUGUGGCCACAGUUUCACCUGCUAGGGAUGAAACUGCUACUUACCAUGCUUGGGGACACAGUUCGUUGAUAAAUCCCUGGGGGUCAGUCAUUUCAACCAUGGAACAUGAGGAGGGAGUCAUAUACAGUGAUGUAGACCCCAGAUAUGUUGAUGAAGUGCGUGCCCAGAUUCCCAUUGGUUUCCAAAAGCGAAAUGAUAUUUACAACAUUGACGAAGUGGAGGAAAAAGAAAAAUAACUUUCCAUUACAAUAUUUUUAUUCUGUGAAAGAAAAGGAUUCACUUUAAAAUUGGUCAAAUAUUCAAUAUAUCUAAAUUUCAUGUUAAAAAUUUUUUAAAGAAAUUAUGAAUAAUUAAUCAUAAAGAAAGCAGGACAAUUUUGUUGUCAUUGAUUGAAUGAUCUUUAAUUUUUGUAACAUUGAUUGUGUAUCAAAGUUCAGAUGAGUUCUAUUACAUGAAGGUAAGUGUAGUGUACUAUAAGAUAGACAAGGGUUUUAACUGUGAUGUUAUUUGCUAAGAAUCAAUACAAAAAUAAAAUCGCGUAUAUCUCCAGAGUGUUUUCCAGUAACUAUAGGAUUGGUCAGUGUAACAUAAAUCGUAUACUACAUUCAACUUCUGUGCCAUAUUACUGUCCAUGUGACAUACUGAUAUUUCUACAAUAGAAAGGAUUUAUCUUUUCCAGCUUUGGACAUCCCUACAUGUAUAUGGUCAUAAUGGAUAUUUAUUUUAAUAUUAUAUAUAUAUCAUAGUGACUCUUGUUUAUUAUGUUAUUCAUUUAUUGAUAUUGGAUUUUUAUUACAUGUUCUGAUAUGUGUGUGAUUGUGAAAUUUUAUCGUUGGUUGUUUUGUUUCUAAUUCAUUGAGCCAAAUAUAAUAAUAAUCGAAAAAUUUAUAAAAAAAAAAAAACCCUUUGAGAUUAUCUAACUUAAAAAAUUUGACCUUGUUUGUCAAUUUGCUAGCAACUUAUAAAUGUCCUAAACCUGAUCUACAUAGAAAUAAUAUUAUUGUUGUAUUGAUUUGUAACUUGUAAUGCAUGAAAAAAAAAAGGUUUGUUUCAGUCAGCAUUUUCAAUACACAUAUAUGCACAAUUUAAA